AUGCCCCGCUACUAUGCAUUUCCGUUUGAUCCCAACCCAGACUGGAGUUGUUUCUAUGCGAGGGGAGCUGAGAUUCUCAAAUACAUGAAAGACACAGUCAGAAAGUGGAAUCUUGAUCGCGAUCUUCAGUUGAACACCAAAGUUGUUGGCGCUGGAGAACAGCGUGACGAGUUGUGUCACGUCUUGAUCUCUGCACAAGGUGUACUGGUUCACGAAUCCUGGCCUGACGUCCCUGGUCUACGAGAUUUCGAGGGCCACAUCACUCACUCAGCUCGCUGGGAUCACGACUUUGACUACUCUAACAAGAGAAUUGCUAUCGUGCCUCAGAUGGCCAAGCUACCUGGAAUCGACGUGAUGAACUUCAUCCGCGGACCGGCUUGGGUAUACUAUCGCGCGCCUCCAUCCAAGCACCUUGAAAGGGACGACCCGGAUCCUAACCCACGAUAUACCGACGAGGAGAGAAAAAGAUUCCAUGACCCUGAGUAUCACCUCGAACAUCGCAAGGUAAUCAUUUCGCGCACCAACAAGUCCUUCUACAUCUUCAUGAAGGGCGAGAACAACAAGGAGGGCAUGAGAUUGGCAGCAGCACAAAUGGCAGAAAAGCUGGGCCAUGACCCGGAGUUGUGUGAAAAGCUCAUACCAAAGUGGGAGUUGGGAUGCCGUCGCAUUACGCCUGGUCCUGGCUAUCUGGAGUCAUUCUUGCGACCAAACUGCAACAUCACCAACAGUGCUAUCACCAGCGUUUCGAAGAACGGUGUUCACACAGCCGAUGGCAAAUUCUAUGAGUGUGACGUUAUUGUCUGCGCUACUGGAUUCGACGUUUCUCAUCGUCCAAGAUACCCAAUCGUCGGAAAAGAGAAUGUUGAUCUUGCCACGAGAUGGGCAGAGGAUCCUGACUCUUACGUCUCAGUUGCUGUUCCAGACUAUCCCAACUACUUCAUGAUGAUGGGGCCCAACUGCCUAGGCGGCCAUGGGUCCUUGGUAGAGUCUCUGAACUGGACAGGAGACUACUUUGUGAAAUGGGUGAAGAAGAUGGCUACAGAGGACAUCAAAUAUGUCGAGCCGAAACAAGAGGUUGUUGAUGCUUUUAUCAAGUACAGUGACCAAGUACACAAGACACUUGUGUGGAGCGGCGGCUGCAAGAGCUGGUACAAGAGGAACCGUGUCGAUGGCAGGGUCACAGCCCUGUUCGGUGGCAGUGCCCACCUCUUCAACCGGAUGCUCACCAACAUCCGCGGCGAGGAUUUCAAUAUUUGCUGCCGUACAUCAAACCCUUUCAGGUUCAUGGACAACGGAUUCACGGAGUGGGAAAUGGAUUCAAAGAGCGACUUGUCUUGGUACGUGGAGAAAGCCGAGGUUUUACGCACCGGCGGAGUCUAG